AUGCGGAUGACGGUCGACUUCGGAGAGAUCCCGAACAUCUACAUGGUCUUGACCAGUUUCUUCAUCUUUGCUUUCCUCUUCGGCAGCGGCCAACACAGAGCAGCGAAUCACCGCUUGAGAGAAGCCGUUGAUCUUGCGUUGUCCAUGGAUAUGGACAAACCUCGGGCAUACGACAGUCUCGACCCAGAGACAAGAGACCAGUGGUUACGAACAUAUCUGGUAUUGUCUGUUACGGAGAGAACAUUCGCACACCAGAAGCGCUACACCAUCAAAUCUCGAGGUAGCCCCACCGCCAACGCUUGUUUCAUUCGCGCCUUUGGUUCUUUCACUUCCUAUUCCGCACAUCGCGACAAGACAGACAGCAUGGGCAUGAUCAGUCUACUCUACCUAAUGGAAGCCUACAACGCCAUCGACGAAAGUGUUGUGGGAUGCUGGGCUGGAUAUUGCAAGUACAGCCACGGACAUUGCGAAGACUUUGACCGAAGACUGGCACUUCGUAUGUUCAGAGCUCAAGAGCGUGCUCGAGAAGACUGGCUCGCUGGAAGCAUCUCAUCUGAACCUUCCACUCCGCUUCCGUCGGUCCAUCAAUUGCUUGAAAGCCAACAAGUAGACAUUGUGGUUACUCACUUCUGGCUCCUGAACAAGAUAUGGGAACUCUGCAUGUCGCAUGGCCUUCUUCGCGACGACUCUGAGCAUAGAGAGCUGCGCCUGGAUUUUGCAUACCAUGUGGCCUACAAGUUUGGCACUUCUUGUCAUGCGAUGAACCUACACGCACUGGAAUUUCACGGCUUUGGGAUAGUCGAGAAGAUAGUCGAUAUCACUAUGGGCCUGAUCAAAGCCGUCAACUCUUCGACCCAACUGUCUUUGGAAUCUAGCCUGACCGACUACGAUCCCCUCACCGACAAAACUACCGUUCCUGGCCCUUCAGUCAGACUGGUAUUGGGAAAUCUUCAUCAGAUUGUUCAGAAUCUCCGCGGAGGUAGCCACGACUACGUGUCUCGACUUACGAUGGCUCUAGAGGCAGUACCCGGGUACAGUGGCGCGGCAGAACCUCAUCACUCAGUCGCUUGA